AUGGACACAAUCUUCAUGAACAUGAGGCUCAAGGCGAUCCACGUCUACAGGGAGAACGUACGCGGAGAGUGUCCGAGGGGGGCAGAGUGUGCGGAGGUCCUCAUCAGGGGAUCCGCUCUGUCAGCCUUCCCCUCAGGGCAGUCCACCACCCUGUGGCGCCAGUCCACAUCCUGGAGUCUCAGGACCCAGAGAGGGAUACCAUAA